AUGGCCAAUUCGAUACCCGAAAUUGACAUACCACCAGCACCUGAUCCGAUCAAGAAUCCUGCACAGUAUCUAAGAAGCAUCUAUGCAGUCAGAGGAAGAUCGACGAUCGUGCUAGACAAGGCCAAGCGAGAUCAGCUGAAUCAUUUUGAUGUUGAUAUGACCAAGUUUCAGGAUACUGCAGAUUAUGUUGUCUCUAUCAUAAAGCGUGAUUUUGCACCUGAUUAUAGUUCAAUACCACCUCAUGGUCGAUGGCAACAUUUCGAGGUUGGUGGUCGACCACGCAUAACUCAGCUACUUCAAUCAUGGCCGUCAUCGCUCGAUCAAACGGAACGAACGAAGCGUCUGGUCGAUCUCUUUGUAGUCUCUGUGUUGCUCGAUGCUGGUGCUGGCACGAAAUGGACUUACACAUCCAAAGAGAAUGGCAAAUCCUAUGCUCGAUCAGAAGGCCUGGCCGUUGCAUCUUUAGAAAUGUUCAAGACCGGCAUCUUUUCGAGUAACCCUGCUAAUCCACAUCAAGUCGACGCUGCAGCGUUGCAAAAAUUGACGACCGAACAUUUGGCGAAAGGCAUGCAAGUAUCCGAGGCAAACCCAAUGUCUGGUCUGGAUGGUCGAGCAGCGCUUCUCUCACGGCUGGCUGUUGCACUACGAGGUCAAGUGGCUAUGUUUGGCAGGGAUGCACGGCCAGGAAAUAUGGUAGACUACCUGAUCUCACAUCCUGAUACUGUGGCUGCUGCUGUCCCAGUAGUGCCAUUGCCAAUAUUGUGGGAAGUCCUUAUGGAUGGCUUGAGCAGUAUCUGGCCAACGACGAGGACGAGCAUUAAUGGUAAAUCGUUAGGAGACGCUUGGCCAUGUUCGACAAUGCCCGGACCCGGUACUUGGGAGAACAUUGUGCCAUUUCACAAAUUAACACAAUGGCUAUGCUACAGCAUCAUGGUACCAAUGACGAAGUUAUUGAAUAUGCAGUUUGCAGGUGCAGAAUUGCAGACAGGACUUCCAGAGUAUCGCAAUGGUGGAUUGCUGGUAGAUACUGGUUUGUUGACAUUGAAGGAAGCGGACACGGCUAGAGGUCUGAGAACAUGGCACAGGAUUAUGCCUGAUGACGCGACGGAAGUGGUACCAACCUUCGAGCCGAGUGACGAUGUGGUUGUUGAAUGGCGAGCUGUCACUGUAGGUUUUCUAGAUGAACUCUUGUCCGCCGUGAACAAUGGCUUGGGACUUUCGGGAAGCGAUAAGUUGAGUCUAGCUCAGAUGCUCGAAGCUGGGACUUGGAAGGGUGGACGAGAGAUUGCACAAGUCUCCAGACCGAACACCAAGGGUCCACCCAUAGGCAUUAUCUCUGAUGGAACAGUCUUCUAG